CGUUCCUCUCCUGGUUUCACUCGGCUCGGAAGUUUGCCAGCUAUUUCCGGUUCCAGGUGCGUUCUAUUGUAUGCUAACUAGUUAGCAGCUUCAAUUACUGCAGAUAAUCGGCGAGUUUCGCAGUUUUCGGAAUAAACGUCUAGCUGAUAUCGUAUGGACGUCAUUGUAAAAGAUGCCAGUCGAUUCAGUGGAUGCAUCCACGACGUUUAGAUAACAGUUCAGUACGUUUGGCACUCAAAUGAACAUACUUUGCCAAUAAGUUGUUAGCUAGCUACGUGGACGUUGUCGGAUGUUGAUUAGCUAACUGUCAUAGGGGACAAGAUCAAGAAGUGGAAGAGACUCCAGUUUGAUUUGAAGAUAUAAGGAUAUUUCCUGUAGGCUGAAGAACUCAAGAGAAACACAUUGUCAGAGAUUUAAGAUUGGCUUGCUACAUUCCUCCACUAAACAAGAACGUCUUCACCCUGUAAAGUUAGUUUGACAUGUUCUUCAGAAAGUACCUGAAAAUAUUGUGGCCAAGUAUAUUUAUGUACAGACUAAGAUAACCAGUUUUACGUCUACAGUGUAAAGAUUAGGGAUUCAAUUUUAAGCUAUUUGAUUUACUCCAAAAGUUGUAUUUUGGUAUGGUUUGUUUGUAUGGCACCCACUGUUAUAAGAGCAAAAUUGGCUAAAGCAAGGUGAAGGUCUUUUUGAGGAAGACAUGUAGCUAGUACCUCACAUAGGAAUUUUCCCUUGGGCGUUGGUGUUGCGCUGUGUAGGGACCGUAUUGUUGGUUUCGAUAUAAUAUUGAACACACCUACAGGUCUUUCAUGUCCUGAGGUGCACACCCUCUUAUUGUUGUUUAUAUCUACUGGCAAGGAGAGAGUUAAUUUGACUCAUUCAGCUAAUGUACUAUACUCUAACAAAAUCUUUGAGCAGAUAGAAAUAAUAUACAGUUUAACCCGUUAGUACAUUCUUCAUAAGUCCUUUAGUCUAAAAUCCAGACAGAAUUAAGGGCACUAAACUAAGUUGACAUGGCAGCUGUAGUAGGAAGAGUCUGGGGGUGGGUGCGUCCAGCUGUCUCUUACCGGCCCUGGGGCAGCAAAGUAGCACCUGACAAAACCAUGAAAGACGAGGGGCAGACAAGAGGCAACUGGGGCUUGGGAGGGUUAACAACAUGGUUUUGGCGAACCGGACAGAAAAGGCAAGCAAGUGACCAAACAACAUUGAUUGACGAGUACUGGGAAGCAAGUGAGGAGAAAAUCCAGUCCCUGGAAAUUGAAGAUCUGGGCGAGGGCAAGCAGGUGUCUGAGGGGAAAGCAGAACAUGGUGGCUCCAAAUGGUGGAAUAAGGUUCUGCUGUCCUCCGACUUCCUCUGGCCAAGAGCAGCUGAACCUGGUGGGCUCAAGCAGAGGAAAUGUAUCGGUGGAGGAUGGGACUCUGACAACGAUGGGGAGUAUUCUGACUAUGGAACCCCUCCUCCUUCUCCCACACCUAGCUCCUCAUCAGCCUUCCGGUUCUUUGCACGUGCCUGGAAUGGGGAGAUAGUUCCGGAACACUAUGAGAUCUGCUUCAACCUCCUUCGCCACCUGUUUGACCUGCUCGUGGUGGGCUUCCUGUGGACUGUGUCCCCCCCUACCAAGUUGGUCCUGGAGGUUCUAGGGGUCCAAGGAGGACUGAAGUUGUGGCUCCAUGGAAUGGCAAUGUUUUUUGUCUCCACUGUUGGAAUGGCAGGACUGCUCUGGUUGGUCCAGGAGUAUCUUCCACAUUUUGCUCUGGUGUACGGCAUCGUGCAAGCACUAGUCAUCUCUGUCAGUGUCCGGCAGUGUGUGAUCUUAGGAGAGGGGGAUGAGGUGGAGGAAGAGAAAGGGGAAAAGGAGGUGGAAGAUGAGAAGGAGGAGGAAGUGGGAGACGAUGGGGAAGUUACAGAGAUGUACCUGACUACAGAAUAAUACAUCAAAGGAAAGAUGAUCCCUGAAAGAAAGUUUGUUUUGGAAAUCCUUUGACAUGGAGGAAAGUUGGAGGGAAGAGGGAUGUUUGUGGGG